AUGUUCCCGCUGCCCAUGUUCACCCCGGACCAGGUGGCUCGGGUGUGCGAGAACCUGGAGGACACCGGGGACAUCGAGCGCCUGGGCCGGUUCCUCUGGUCCCUGCCGGCCGCCGUGCCGGGCUCCGCCGGGGAGGCGCUGAACCGGCACGAGUCGGUGAUGCGCGCCCGGGCCCUGGUGGCCUUCCACGGGGGGAACUUCGAGGCUCUGUACCAGAUCCUCCAGAGCCACCGGUUCACUCGGGAGUCCCACGCCAAGCUGCAGGACCUGUGGCUGGACGCGCACUACCGGGAGGCCGAGCGGCUCCGGGGCCGGCCGCUGGGCCCGGUGGAGAAGUACCGGAUCCGCAAGAAGUUCCCUCUGCCCAGGACCAUCUGGGACGGCGAGCAGAAGACCCACUGCUUCAAGGAGAGAACUCGCAGUCUGCUGAGGGAGUGGUACCUGCAGGACCCGUACCCCAACCCGUCCCGGAAGAGGCACCUGGCGCAGGCCACCGGACUCACGCCCACACAGGUCGGCAACUGGUUCAAGAACCGGCGCCAGCGGGACCGGGCCGCAUCGGCAAAGAACAGAUUGCAACAGGAUCCGUCCCACCUUCCCUCCGAGAGCUCCCCGGACGGAUCCCUUCAGGAGCGGCGCCAUCACGCCCACCUGCUGCCGCCCUCCCCCCCCUCCCCUCGCCACCCGGGCAGCCCGGAGGCCAGCGACUGCAGCACCGAGGCCGAGCCGCGGGGAACCGGCGCCUCCACCCCCGACAUCUCCGUCAGCAGCGACAGCGAGUUCGAGUCCUGA